AUGGAAUGUUAUGGAUGCAAUUCCGAGUGUAGUAGAUGUGUUCGACAGUCAAAGUCGCUUGAAGAGUUGAUUUCAGAACUUUACAAUGGAUUAUUCCAGACAGAGCCACCAAAGGCUGUACCUGAUCUCCCAGGAUAUUAUUCCAAUAAUCAAUAUGUUGGGCGUAGAUCUGGUGCAGCUGCCAAUCCACAUUACAGACCUUCUGGUAUGGACAUAUCAUAUGGUUGCUGUGAGACGGACAUGAAAUAUGAAACACCCAAUUUUACGAGAAUUAAUAACAACAACUAUACCUUGGUUCAUUUGAGGGGAAGAUAUCAAUUUGUUCCUGUUGGAAAGUGCAGAUCCAGCUUGUCAUGUAGUCAUGGAGAAUGCGUACAGAAAUAUCGUGCUCAUUGGGUACUCGUUUACAAUAACUCAGAGGUCCAUGCCGGACCACCUGUCAGUUUUGUCCCAAUCAAAGUGCAUUCUCAUUGCGAAUGUCUGAAUAUCGGUCGCCCCUCUGGAUGA